AUGGCAUUCCUUUCCGCGACUCAUAUCCCUGGAGUGUCCCAUCCAGGGGCCUCAAAUGAUGCUUUGUACAAGGAACUGUGGAAUGCCUGUGCUGGACCUGUUGUCACGGUUCCUCGUGAAGGGGAACGGGUUUAUUACUUUCCUCAGGGUCACAUGGAGCAGCUUGAAGCAUCGACUCAGCAGGGAUUAGACCAACAACUUCCUUCGUUCAACUUACCGGCUAAAAUACUUUGCAAAGUGGUGCAUAUUCAGCUUCGGGAUUCUGGAAUGUGGAAAUCUCAACAAGUUGACUCCCCAUCGGCUUUCUCAUAUCGUGAUCCACCGCGUGGCCGAGACCUUUAUUUAUCUCCCAAUUUCUCUUCUGGUACUAAAGCUAGUUCUCAUAACUACAGUGAGAACAAUUCAUUGCCUCCCGUUUCCAGCAAAUCGAUGUUUUGGUCUAACCAAGUGGGGAGCAUGGCGGAGUCUUUUGCACCUGUUGUCAACAAAGAAACUGGUGAAAAGAGGCAGGCAAAUGGCUGCAGGCUAUUUGGGAUUGAGCUACUUGACCACUCUGCGGUGGAAGAAAAUUCAGCAGUGGUGGUGUCUGGAGCACUGGUGGAGGAUCACCCAGUUCCAUCUUUGGAUACCGAGUCUGACCGGCAUUCUGAACCAUCAAAUAUUGAUAGAUGUGAUAUUCCUUCAGUAAGUUGUGAACCUGAAAAAUCAUGCCUGAGAUCUCCUCAUGAGUCACAAAGCAGGCAAAUUCGAAGUUGCAGAAAGGUACUUUGGCCACUACUUUUACUUGUUUGGGUUGAAUGUAAUUUAUCUUGUGUGUCUCGGUUCUCUGGACCAAGCAUCCUUGUUGAUGGUGCACUCAUUUGAAAAACUCUGAUUGAGAGUCUCUCUUAGGAAAUCGUAAGAGGUCUUAGAUUAGCUUGGCAAGCAUGCAAGUCCCCCACCCAAAAAUAAAAAAACUACAUUAUUGUUGGGUAAUCUUCUGGUAACUAACUGUCUUGAAAGAUUAACUUCAUAAAGAGCAAAGUGCAUGACCCUGUUCUUGUCCUCUUUAACCAAGACCGUUUGGAGCAGUGAUGGGGUACCGACCUAAGAGGUUAGUUAGCCCAAUCAUUUUUCCAUUGCACAGGACAUUGGUCCCUUAUUUUGAACUGAAAUUGAAUAUAAAUCUACUGUUGUACUUAUGCAACUCAAUAAGCCGCAUUUGACUUUUUUCAGCCCAAAUAAAAUCAUUUUGAUGAAAUAUUUUUCUUAAUUUAUCCAGGUUCACAUGCAAGGUAUUGCUGUUGGGAGGGCAGUGGAUUUGACACGGUU